AUCUUUGUUUGGUGUGGAAGCUGAGUCAGCUCCAUCUACGCUCACUCCUACAGAGCUAUGGGGCCAUGCUUCUUCUCGGUCAUUUCUCCUUUGCAAUUGCCAAGAUAACAUUAAGAAAUCAGAAAAUGCAAAAACCCACCUGCGCCUUCCCCAUAUAUCAACAAAAAUCCUCUCAUUGAUUAACCACUCUCGCCCAACCCUUUCUGCUGCCACACAAUCAUUUGAUCGGCCAUGGCGUUGCAGAGGCAGCUACUGAAGAAGGCAAGGUUCGGUAAUUACCACAACACCCUUCCUCUCUGCGGUUCCUCCUUCUCUACGGUUCCUUCUUCUUCUUCUGUUGCUGCUGCUAGCGAUGACGCUCCUCCGCCUCAGCUCCCGCCCUUCGAUCACUCUCCGAGGCCGUACAAGGGCCCACUGGUCGAUCAAGUCUUCCAGAAGCGAAAGCAGUUUCUGGGUCCUUCUCUGUUCCACUACUAUCAGAAGCCUCUGAAUAUUGUGGAGGGAAAGAUGCAGUAUUUGUACGAUGAGAAUGGGAGGCGUUACCUGGAUGCUUUCGCUGGAAUAGUAACGGUGUCUUGUGGGCAUUGCCAUCCUGAGGUUUUGGAAGCUAUCGUGGAGCAGAGCAAGCUUCUUCAGCACGCUACAACCAUUUACCUACAUCAUGCAAUCGCUGAUUAUGCUGAGGCAUUGGCUUCCAAAAUGCCCGGAAACCUAAAGGUUGUGUAUUUUGUGAAUUCUGGGUCAGAAGCGAAUGAAUUAGCAAUGCUGAUGGCCCGUCUAUACACUGGUAAUCUUGGUAUGAUCUCAUUGAGGAAUGCCUAUCAUGGGGGAAGUUCUGGCACGCUUGGACUCACUGCUCUGAACACUUGGAAAUACCCAAUACCACAGGGUGAAAUUCAUCAUGUUGUAAAUCCAGAUCCAUACCAUGGAGUUUUCGGCUCCGAUGCCAAUCGUUAUGCCAAAGAUUUACAAGAUCAUAUUGAUUUUGGUACUUCAGGAAAAGUUGCUGGAUUUAUAGCUGAAACAAUUCAGGGAGUUGGAGGAGCAGUUGAAUUGGCCCCUGGAUACUUGAAGCUGGUUUAUGACAUCAUACGCAAGGCCGGUGGUGUCUGUAUUGCUGAUGAAGUGCAAACUGGGUUUGGUCGCACAGGAAGCCAUUACUGGGGCUUUGAAACACAGGGUGUCAUUCCUGAUAUAGUUACUAUGGCAAAGGGUAUCGGCAAUGGUUUACCAAUGGGAGCAGUGGUGACAACCCCAGAGAUAGCAAGUGUGUUGGCCCAGAAAAUUCAAUUUAAUACUUUUGGUGGGAACCCUGUAUGUUCGGCUGGGGGGCUGGCAGUGCUCAGAGUUAUCGACAAGGAGAAGCGUCAAGCUCAUUGCGCUGAUGUUGGUUCUCACUUGCUCGAUCGUUUGAGAGCUCUUCAGCAAAGACAUGAAAUCAUUGGAGAUGUGAGGGGCAGGGGCUUAAUGGUGGGUCUAGAACUUGUGACUGACAGGAAUGAGAAGACACCUGCUAAGGCAGAAACCGCGGUUUUAUUUGAGAAACUUAGAGAGCUUGGUGUUCUAGUUGGGAAAGGGGGACUGCAUGGAAAUGUUUUUAGAGUGAAGCCGCCAAUGUGUUUUAGCAAGGACGAUGCAGAUUUUCUUGUUGAUGCCUUGGACUAUGCCAUGUCAAAGUUGUGAGCAUAUAUCACCAAGAUCUUAGAUGCUUAUGUACUCUACAAACAACUUCUUUUCAAUAAUAUCAAGUGAAUUUUUACAUA